ACCUCAGGCUUCUCUCUUUCUCUCUCGCGCAGCCAUUCCCAUUUUCACUCUCCCAAAACCCCAACACAAAAAGCGCCACCGCCGCCAUGGCCUCGAUCGCACGACUGAGGUCCGCAGUUCCGCCGCUGAAGGCCUUCCUCCGCCCUGAGCGCGGGUUCGGAUCGGCGGCCGCGGUCCAGUGCCACUACUACGACGACGACGACGACGACGUGGAAGAGGAGUGCGCGCCACGUGGCAUGCUGGACGCGCAGGGUUGCACGCCCGAGCGCGGAGUGCAGUGGGUGAUGAUAGGAGAGCCCGGCGCCAAGAGGCACCUCUUCGCUCAGAGACUCUCGAAGCUUCUAGAAGUUCCUCACAUUUCCAUGGCCACGCUCCUCAGCCAGGACCUCAACCCUCGCUCCUCCCUCUACCAGCAGAUAGCACAUUCCUUGGAUCAUGGAAAACUUGUCCCUGAGGAUAUUAUUUUUGGGCUACUAUCGAAGAGAUUGGAGGAUGGAUACUCGAGAGGCGAAACUGGGUUCAUUCUUGAUGGAUUCCCUCGAACAAGGAUUCAAGCUGAGAUUCUUGACCACAUUGCUCAUGUUGAUCUGGUGGUGAAUUUCAAAUGUUCAGAAGAGGAGUUAAUGAAAAAGAAUCUAGGAACUCGAAAAUUUAAUGCUUACCAAGAAUAUAUUCUUAUGACUAGCUCCAGGUCAACAAAACAAUUGCAGGAUGAUCAUGACCAAAGUCAUGCAGAGGAGUGCAAGCUGUUGGAAGAUUACUACAGGAAGCAGAAGAAGCUUCUUAACUUUGAAGUAGCAGGUGGGCAUGGAGAAACCUGGAAGGGACUUCUGGCAGCACUACAUCUUCAGCAUAUUAAUGCUCUUAGUUCUUCACAGAAGUUAACUGCGUGAAGAAGGGCCACAACUGCGUGAAGGGUUUAUCUUCAAUGGCAUCAAUCCAUUGUCGGCAUUCUAGUAUAUGUGAAUAUGAGAGCUACAAUUUCGUAGAAAUUGUGUCGGUGUCUAAAUCGUUGAUUGUUUUGCAAAAUUUUGAGAAUGCUAGUUUGUUCUGUAGUACAACCGUCCAAGUAUGAAUGAAUCAAUACGUAUUGUAUGGUCCUAAAUCCCUAUAGGUAUUGUCUUUUUUUGUUCAAUGGCCCCAAUAUAGUCUCUUUUCUAGUUAGUUUUUCCUGGUCUCAGAAUCAUGUUAUAGGAACCAUGUGAUGUUGUAAAAGAUUAAAAAGUUACCAAAAAUUUUCUGCCAGGUUUCUGUGGCUAUCUUAAAUAUCAUAUAUUAUUUCUUUUGGUGAA